UGUUGCAGCAGCCAUAGGCUUCGGUGACCACUUCCAUUCAUGCGGGCCGCAUACCUAUUUGCUUGCUCAACAGUAGAUUUAAAAAAAGUUAACCGCGCAUGCUCAUUGCUCAACCCAAGACUGCACACUAUGGAGCUGGUCACAGAUAAUAAUUGAAAAUGGUAUCUCAAAGCAUUCAUGCGGAUGUAAACGUCACGACUGAUUAUUGAUAUAUAUAACCAUUUUUUUCAUGUCAAUCCUAAAUUAUAAUAAUUGUUUUUUAAGCUACACACUAUUAGUAUUUCGGGAUGACUACUGCUGAAAAUAAUGCCGAAAGUUUUAAUGCUUAGGUCUUUGACGACGGGCAAUGAAAAGAAUGUUUUGAAAACUGUAAAGUUGAUGCUCAACACACGUGACCGCUGCGAGUUACCGAACAUGGCGGACCAGGUGGAAUCUGCUGCGCCAUUUCCUAUUCCCAACACCUACACCGCUGUCCAAACAGCGGAAACAGAGCUCGUUUGUACACAGUGGCCCGCUAUCAGCAACCACGCGCGUCUCGGCGCAGUCUCCGCUCGGGCGCGCCGCGAACAUCUAGUCUUCAGGUGCUCCUCUCAUUAACUUCAUAAUUAUCUACGAUAAAUCAGCCCUUAAAAUAUUUAACUAUUACGGUGAUCUACGUUGAAUAUAUCACACGUAUAGAAAUCGUACAUCAUUAUUAACAGUGGAGAUAAAUGGGGGUAUUCUCGUAAAAUAUAAGCGGUGUUGCAAAUGGAGAUGUGUCAGAUGAAGGCGGGGUCGGAUGCGGAGGAGGGCUCGCUGGCGGACAGCGGCGGCGCGGGCGGCGGCUGGCGGGCGGCGGCGCGGCGGCGGCUGCCGGUGCUGGAGUGGGCGCGGCGCUACGACCGGCUGGCGGCGGCGGCGGACGCGGUGGCCGGCGUCACGCUGGGGCUCAUGCUGGUGCCGCAGAGCAUCGCCUACGCCACGCUCGCGGACCUGCCCGUCCAGUACGGCCUUUACUCCGCCUUCAUGGGCACCAUACUGUACACCUUCCUGGGCACGGUGAAGGAGGUGUCGAUCGGACCGACGAGCCUCAUGGCGCUGCUAACGCUGCAGAUUUGCCACGGUCUGCCCGUCGAGUUCGCUGUGCUGCUGACCUUCCUCUCCGGCUGCGUGGUCCUAUUGAUGGCGUUGCUGCGGCUCGGGUGCCUGGUGGACCUGAUCUCCCCGAGCGUGACGAGCGGGUUCACGUCGGCCACGGCGGUGAUCAUAGUGUCGUCGCAGAUCAAGGGGCUGCUGGGGCUCCGCUUCGCGGCCGAGACGCCCUGGGAGAAUGCGGAGCAGAUCCUCGCUCGCCUCCAUCUCGUGCGCUACUCCGACCUCGCGCUCGGCCUCGUCUGCUGCGUCGCGCUGCUUCUGCUCAGGAAACUGAAGGACGUGAAGAUCAGCCCGAAGAGGCCGGUGCUGCGCAAGUCGCUGUGGCUGGUGUCCAUCGCGCGCAACGCGCUCGUGGUGCUGGCCGCCGCGGUGUUCGCCUACUGUCUGCACGACCCUGACGACCCCAUCGUCAAGCUUUCCGGCGUGGUGAAACCGGGGCUGCCGUCGCUGCGGCUGCCGGCGUUCAGCGUGACCGUGAACAACUCCACGUUGGGCUUCACGGACAUGGUGCGCACGCUCGGCGCCGGCGUCGUCAUGGUGCCGCUCGUCAUGGUGCUCGCCAACAUCGCCAUCGCUAAGGCCUUCACGACGGGCGGGACGGUGGACGCGUCGCAGGAGAUGCUGACGCUGGGGCUGUGCAACCUGGCGGGGUCGCUCGUGCGCGCGCUGCCCGCGUGCGGCGCCUUCACGCGCUCCGCCGUCUCGCACGCGUCCGGCGUGCGCACGCCCGCCGCCGGACUCUACUCCGGCGCGAUCACGCUGUUGGCGCUGGCAUUCCUCACGGAGUGGUUCUACUUCAUCCCCACCGCCUGUCUCUCCGCCGUCCUCAUCUGCGCAGUCGUGUUUAUGAUCGAUUUUGACACAGUGAGGACCCUGUGGCGCGAAAGUCGUUCGGAGUUGUUCGUGCUGGGCGUGACGUUCGCGGUGGGUGUGGCGUGCAGCGUGGAGCUCAGCGUGCCGGCCGGCGUGCUGGCCGACCUGGCGCUGCUGCUGCGCUCGCUCGCGCGCGCGCCCGCGCCCGCCGCCUACUGCGCCGCUAAGCAGUAUGGAGAGGGGCGCGGCGUCGUGGUGAUGGCGCCGGGCGCGCUGCUGUACCUCAACGCGGAGCGGUUCGCGGCGCGUGCGGCGGCGCGGGCGGCGGCGCACUCGCCCCUGUACAUCGACUGCAGUCGGCUCGCGUUCGUCGACCACACCGGCGCUCAGGUGUUGGAUCGUCUGUGCGGGACGCUGGCGGAGAGCGGGCGGACGGUGGUGGUGUUCGGGGCGCGCGGCGCGCCGGCGCGGCUGCUAGCGCGGCGGCCGCGCCUCGCCAGCGCCGCCGCGUACGCCGCGCCCGCCGCGUCCGCCGCGCCCGCCGCGCCCGCCGCGCCGCGGGAGGACGCCGCGCUGCUCGUCGCUACUACCCCGUGA